CCGGUGGCGCAGUCUCGCGAGCAUUUCUCGAAUCUUUGAGCGUUUUGGUGGGGAAGAGUUCCCCUGAAAUGCCACCGUCCUCUUGAUCAACUUAACCAGUCGAAGAACCGUCGAGUCAGUGCGAGUUGAGCGUGCGGGUGGAACGUACGUGUUUAUUCUCGGUCCGUGUACUCUAUUAUUAAUAAAUAGUUAAUGUAACAAGUACUGUAUACUUGUGAAAAAAAAAAGACUUAAACUAUUGCUAGCAACCGCUUUUAUUAUGCUGUUGUCGAGGAUAGUUGCAUUUUAUUAUUUAUUAAACGUGAAAAUAAGUUAUUUAUUUUAUUUGAAUUAGCGCGGAUAAAUUUAAACUGGAGUGCGUUUGGAUUUCGGAUAAAGUGACAUAAAAUUUAUAUAAAAUUAUUGAGUAUUUUUUAAGUAUUGAGUGAUUAAAAGUGGAUAUUUAACUGGAGAACAAGGUGGACUGAAAAAUGGAAAGGUGUACUUUUAUGUGAUAAAAAGUGUUGGUCAAGCAAUAUUUAAAUAUUGCCGGGGAUUUAUGUUAAAUCGGAUAAUAAAGGGGUUUAUUUGAGUAUAAUGGCUCGGAGAUGCAGCUGGAUGCCGAGGAUGUACGUAAUAAUAGUGAGCUUGUUAUGGUUGGUGGCAACCUCGACGCUAGAGGGUGUUUUGGGAUCAUGUCACUGGUCCUCCGACGGCAAUGACACGAGAUCCGCGGUUUGCAAUGUAAGAACACUGGAUCCAUCGGGAGUUGCCGCUUUGUUUCCGCCUCUAGAGGGUGCCUUUAAAUUGCGUCUAGAUUGCAGUAAUGUCCAUCACUUUGAGAGCAUAAUUACAGGGGAAAGUUGGCACCGGUUGAGCGGACUCCACGAGCUUAUUAUUGAUAGUUGUAAGAUAUUACGUAUUCCUGAAGCGGCGUUUCAACCGUUAAACGAACUUAAGCGGCUGACACUAAGGACAUUGAACGUCGAAUGGAGCGCUGGUCGUACCUUGGAACUGGUGCCAGAAGCCUUGGCUGGACUCAGGGAACUUCAGGCACUUGAAAUAGUCGAUAGCAAUCUCAGGGUACUCCCACGGAAUGUAUUGUGCGGGCUCAACAAUCUCCAAAUACUCAAUUUGACCGGUAAUCAAUUCCGUGAAAUCAGUGAGGUUGGACUGGCUGACGUACGUGCCAAUCGUGCCAAUUGUCACGCAGAUAUACGCGCUCUCGAUCUCUCGCAUAACGAAAUCAGGAAUCUACCUGAGGACAGCCCGCUGUCCGGGCUCAGACAAUUGCAAGAACUGUAUUUGCAGCAUAAUUCUAUCGGGGAAAUUGCCAGUGACGCACUCACGGGACUCACCAGCUUACGUGUAUUCAAUGUCAGCUACAAUUCACUUGAUACACUGCCGGAAGCGCUGUUUGCCAGCACCAGAGACCUUAGAGAGAUCCAUCUGGAGCACAAUGAGUUACGGAAUUUGCCUCGCGGUACAUUCACCCGACUCGAGCAGCUUUUGGUGCUAAACUUGGCCGACAAUCGUCUUGGCAGUGACACUGUUGAUGAAAUGACAUUCUUAGGAUUGAUAAGACUCAUUAUUCUUGAUCUUUCGUUUAAUUCAUUAACGCGAAUUGACGCUAAGAUGUUCAAAGAUUUAUUUUUUCUUCAAAUCCUAGAUCUCCACAAUAAUUCUAUCUCGCAUAUCGAGAGCAAUGCAUUCCUGCCGCUUUACAACUUGCAUACUCUUGAAUUGUCUGAUAAUAAUUUGCACACUUUGGGACCACAACUUCUCAACGGAUUGUUUGUGUUAAAUCGUUUAACAUUAUCGGGAAACCAGAUAAAAUUGAUGGACCCGUUGGCGUUUCGCAACUGCUCUGAUUUAAAGGAACUCGAUUUGAGUGGGAAUCAACUGACAGCGAUACCUGAAGCCUUGCGUGAUUUGACUUUUUUGAAGACACUUGAUCUUGGUGAAAAUAAAAUAACUGAUUUUCACAAUGGAUCUUUCAAAAAUUUAAAUCAACUCACGGGAUUACGGUUGAUUGGAAAUGAAAUUGGUAAUUUAUCACGUGGAAUGCUGUGGGAUCUACCAAAUUUGCAGAUAUUGAAUUUGGCGAGAAACAAAGUCCAGCAUGUUGAACGUGACGCGUUUGAGCGUAAUACCCGUCUGGAAGCAAUCCGUCUCGAUGGGAAUUUCCUCUCAGACAUUAACGGAAUAUUUGCGAGCAUCGCAAGUUUGUUGCUGCUUAAUUUAUCGGAAAAUCAUAUCGAGUGGUUUGAUUACGCGUUUAUACCUCGGAAUCUUAAGUGGUUGGACAUUCACGGUAAUUUUAUCGAGCGAUUGGAUAAUUACUAUCAAAUACGUGAUUUAAAAGUUCGGACUUUAGACGCGAGUCAUAAUCGUAUUACCGAUUUAAUGCCUCUAUCUGUGCCUGACAGUGUUGAAUUAUUGUUCAUAAACAAUAAUUACAUUACAAAUGUACAAGCAAAUACGUUUACAGACAAAGUUAAUUUAACGCGAGUUGAUAUGUAUGCCAAUAUGAUUGAAACAAUGGAAUUGGCAGCAUUGAGAUUGACACCAGUACCUGAGGGUAAAUUUCUCCCGGAGUUCUAUAUUGGUGGUAAUCCUUUCAAUUGCAACUGUUCUAUGGACUGGCUGCCGGGUAUCAAUAACAUGAGUGCGCUUCGACAGCAUCCGCGGGUUAUGGAUUUAGACAAUGCAAUGUGUCGCAUAUCGGGCCCUCGUGGUACAGCAAUUGUUCCAGCAUCUAUUGCCAAACCCGAGCAAUUUUUAUGUCGUUACGAAGCCCACUGUUUUGCGCUCUGUCACUGUUGUGAUUUCGACGCCUGUGAUUGUGAAAUGACAUGUCCAUCCGAUUGCAAGUGUUAUCACGACCAAACUUGGAAUACCAAUGUCGUCGACUGUUCCGGACUUGGCACCCAGGACAUACCCCGACGUAUUCCAAUGGACGCAACUGAGGUCUACCUCGACGGCAAUGAUUUCCGCGAGUUGCAAAAUCACGUGUUCAUAGGACGGAAAAACAUGCGCGUAUUGUAUGUUAAUGCCAGUGGUAUUGAGUCAAUCCAGAACCGCACCUUCAACGGGCUUAACAACCUCCAGAUUCUCCACCUCGAGGACAAUAAAAUUCACGAGCUCAAAGGCUUCGAGUUCGAGCACCUUUCUCACCUGCGUGAGCUUUACCUGCAAAAUAACUUAAUAGGCUUCAUAGGUAACCUCACCCUGCUCCCACUGAGAUCACUAGAAAUUCUCCGGCUGAACGGAAACCGUCUUGUCACCUUUCCGGUCUGGCAAGUGACUCUCAACACCCGUCUAGUGGAUCUGUCCCUCGGAGGGAAUCCGUGGUCAUGUCGGUGUAAAUUUCUGCAAGAACUAUCAUCGUGGGUCUCGGACAAUGUCCACAAAGUUAUCGACGCAAGUGACGUUUGGUGUUACAACAACGAUGCUAGACCGGCAUACCGACGUCGUCUCAAUGUUAACGAGACAGCCUGCUCGGAUUACUACGCACAAGGUGGUGUCAUCGAGAGUAUCAUGGUGUCCGAUUACCUUCCAAUGGUCGCAGCUACGCUGUCAGCAGUCCUGUUGUUGCUGGUGAUAACCGUUCUGGCGUUCAUAUUCCGCGAGCCAGUUCGCACGUGGGCUUACUCUCGUUACGGUGUAAGGUUCUGGGCAAAGUCUACGCAAUCUGAAGACAAAGAGCGGCUCUAUGAUGGGUACUUCUGCUACAGUCCCAAAGACGAGGACUUUGUUCUGCAUUCUUUGGCAGUCGAAUUGGAGCACGGACCAAGUGGUCUUCGGCUGUGUCUUCAUCAUCGAGACCUUCCUUGCCUCCGCGCUGCCGCGCCCGUGGUCCUGGAGGCUGCAGAAGCCUCCAAACGGGUGAUUAUCGUCCUGACGAGGAACUUCUUGCAGACCGAAUGGUCGCGUUUUGAGUUUCGUGCAGCAGUACACGAAGCCCUGAGGGGACGACCCGGUCAAUUAGUGGUCGUCCAGGCCGGGCCGGUCGCACCAGAGGCGGAAGCUGAUCCCGAAUUAAGGCCGUAUCUCAGAACAGCUACCACGCUCAGGUGGGGCGAAAAACGGUUCUGGGAAAGACUGAGGUUCGCCAUGCCACCUGGCGAUGCUCUCAGACACAAGUCAUCCUCUCUCUACAGGAGAAAUGUCAACACUUACACUCUGGAGGGCCGUCCAGAGAAAGAAACCUCUACUCUAAGAGUUCACGGGCACAUUCCCGGUCACCAUCAUCACCAUCCACUAUUCAAGGACGCGCCGGAACUUCUUCAAGCACCACCGGCUUAUUCAACCGCGGCGACUCUCGGGCAAAGUAAUCAACAGAGGCUCGGUGAAAGUGUCGGCAGUAGCGUUAACAGAGACAGCUCAAUGAGCGGAUCUACCACUGCUAAUCCCAGUCCCAGGUUGACCAUGAACCGGGCUUACCAGGAAGGACCUGUCGACGCGAUAAACGAGAGCAGAAGACCUCUUUCAGAACAUAUUUAUUCUUCAAUUGACUCUGAUUACUCGACACUUGAGCGAAAUGCCUGGCGACAACAGCAACAUCCGCCUCCUGGACAAGCUUAUCUUGUGUAAUUCUAUGAGAAAGGUUUUUUUAAAAACCUUUAUAAGACACACGACGACGUCUAGUCAAAGGGUGCAUUGUCUUUGGUUCUCCCAGACGUCAGAGACGCUGAUAAUAAUGGGCAAUUCCGUAAUAAAAAACGUUUCAUCAAGAGUAAUAUAUUUAUAGCAGUGUUGCAGUGUUCUGAGGAUUUCAAAUAAUAAUUAUUGUGUUCCCUGUAAUACUUUCUUCCGCUGUGUAGAUCUUUUGUGAUAUAUAUCUUAAUUAAUAUCGUUUCUUUUUCUCUAUUUUUAUUAUUUAAAAUUUAGUGAAUACGGACAAUAAGUUUGUUUAAGUAAAACAAAGUGUGCUGACAAAAUUAAACAAAAAAAAUCAACAACUUUAUUUCAUUCAUCAGUGGAAUAAAAUGUGAUUCAUAUAAUAUAUAUAUUAAAUUCUUCAGCUGUGUUUGAAAAAAACUACUGACUCAUCCUUUUCUUUAGUUUAUUAUUUUUCUGUUAUCACGAUAUAAUCUUGCGAUAAACUUGUGACGUUUGGGAGCGAUUAUAUUUUUAACGAGUUCGCACAAACGUUUUGAUUGUUUAAACACUUGAAAAAAACAUUUUAUUGUUCUUUAAUACAAUUAUUUAAUAUUAU